AUGAAAAUCCAUGAGGAUACUCCCAUCGAAAUCAUCAACCGUGUGGAUCCCGGGCGUUCGGCCUUCCUCAGGGCUUGGUGCGUAUGGCAGGCUGGAAAUAGUGAAGACACUCUUGUCAUCUGGGAUCUUGACUAUCAAUCCUGGGUGGAAGUACUGGUCGACCAGUGCAUGUUUAACGCGGACAUGCAACUGUUGAAAUUCUCCUUUAUUCGGGAUGGACGCAUUCUCACUGGAUAUGUGUUCUGUUGCACGCAGUGGCUUUGUGCCAUUCAGGCGAUGCUGGAGUCUGAUGAGAGGAGAGUCCAGUUUGAAAUCAUUACUAAAGAAGACUACGAAACCAAACUCGAGCAAGCUGUGCCUUAG